AUGGCUUGUGUACCUCUUACAAGCAAUAAAAGAAAGUUUACUUUCGAAGCAACCGUGAAUCUGGAAUGCCUUAUGGCUGUUCCAUAUGUGAAUGCUGUAUUUUUCACGAAAAUGCGACUUUUAAAUAGCAGAAAUUAUAGCCAUUAUAGCAAAAGUUCCCAUACUUUCCAGUGCAAGGUUCGUAUUGACCCGGAUUCGAAUAUACUGGAAACUUCGUUCCCAAAGUAUCUGAAAUUUGUACUUUCCAUUGUUCAGGAAAGCGAAGGAGGCAAAUCGUUCCACAAAAUCGGCUUUGUAAUUGUGGAUCUCUCUUGUUUUGUUGCAAGUGGAUUCGUUCGAUGUCGACGACGAUACCUCCUGAAUGGCUACGAUGGAAACCGUCGAAGAGAUAAUUCCCUUCUUGUUGUCUCCUUCACUUGCCAACAAAACUUUGGAAGUACCUGUUUCAGGCUGUAA